UUAUUUUGGUUACUCACUUUUCCCGCUCCUCCGACUGCGGACAUCAUUUUGUGUGUGUGUGUUUUUCAGUAGCGUUAAAAACUGUUUGAUAAAUGGAAGAAAACGUUUCGAGUGUUGAAACAUCAAGCAAAAGGCGUAGGGAGGAGGACGAUGAAGCAAUAACACCGGACCCACCGGGAAUUGACCAUAUUAAUCGACUUCCAACUGAGAUUUUGUGUAAUGUCUUCAAACGGCUAUUCUUUGAAGAACAGUUAGAGUGCGGCCUUGUCUGUAAGCGAUGGUAUGCGAUUUUACGAGCCGAUCCAUUCAUAAACAGCAUAAGCUACAACUUUAGCCAUUGCUUCGGAUUGUCGAUGUCGAUACAGCCCCAGCCGUACAUGCAGGCGUGUGUGCACUGUGUGUUUCACGACUGCGGCUCGUACCCGGAGGAGAAAUCCCAGCAAGAGAUACUGAACAUGUGCAAAGCACAGCGUUCCGCCGAUGAGCCGGGACCCUCAACCCAAAAGCCGGGAGAUAUCACCCUGGAACAGUUUCUUUUCUCCGGCGAGCUACCGUUACGGACGUUGGAAAUUAAGGCAUCGUUCGAUCGGAUGCGUCGCUUUUUGGGCGAUCGAUUAACGGCAUUGAAAACGCUGCAGGAACUAAAGCUGACCGUCCUGCCCGAUUCGAUCGAAGAUUUGCCGGCAGAAAUAGCACCCCACUGGAUCAUUUACCACGAGCACCUUCCGAUGCUGAUUUGGGAGCUGUACGCAAACACCAACGGGUACGAAGUGAUACUACCCGCCGUGGAGCGCUAUCACCUCGAAAUAGCGAACGACUUCGAUCUGGACGCAAUGCUGGUGCUCAGCAGUCAGCUGGUCGAGCUGUCCGUCUGGUACUACUUUGACCGGGGAAUGGAGCAAACUUUUGUCGUUACGUUUCCGAAGCUGAGGAAGCUGCUGAUGAAGCGUUUUGGUGGCGACUGCCGGUCACCCGAACCCAACACGAGGGCGGACGAACUGUCCGCCGAACGGUUCAUACAAAGCUCACCGCUGCUAGAGGACGUCUAUUUCAUUUCGAGCACGAUCGCAUUUCGACUGUUCCGUGCCCUCUGCCUGUACGGUGCCGAGCCACUGUGCCGGCUCACCCUGCGCGACGUUAUCUUUCCUCGCGAACUGUUUCUACUCAUUCGGAGGCUAAAGAACCUGCAGUUUCUAAGAUUAAAAAACUGCAUCCUCGAGGAAGGAAGCCGCCUGCGGGCGCUGGACUUUCCGCACCUUCGCCAUCUGGAGAUCAUCAACAGUAGCACCUGUUUACGGCUCGACGCCAGCUUUGCGCACGUCCGGCGGCUUAAGUACAGCAUGGAUUCACAGCUUUCCCGGCUGUGUCGCCACAUGAUAAUGCUGGAGGAUUUGGAAGUGAAGCUAAACACGAAGGUCCCGGUUGCGGAAAACAUUCGCGAACACUUCCAUUCGCUGGCCAAUCUGCAAAGCUUGCGCACGCUCCGACUCACUGGCAUAAAAACGUUCACCCGCCCGUGGGACUUUUGUAAACCGAUGCCACGGGUUGAGCGCUUAGUUUUGCGCUACUGCAAUCUGCUGCGCUGUAAUUUCAAACACUUGCGGCUCCUGUUUCCCCGGCUGCAAGCGCUGGAACUGGUACACUCGGUCAUCGCGUACAAAAAGCUGCCGGACGGUGUGAAACCGACGGCGUUUAUGGAAAAACGAUUGAAACAAUUUUUACCCAACUGUUGCGUGUUGGUGUACCCGUCGACCAGAGCCGAACCGCUCAGUAAGGUGCUGCGGAUGGAGGAUGGGUACCAGUGGAAGCUGGAGCUUAUCCGAAGCCAAGAUAUACAAAUGAUUCCGCUAAGGAAAAAGAAUCGCUGUCCGGAAAAUCCAAAGGAAGUAAGUCAAAACAGUUAGAGCACCAUUUUCAUAAGCUUAACCGUUUCUGUUUUUUAUUUCAAACAUACCUCAACAUAAAGCAUAAAUAACAAACUCGUGAUAUUCUAUAUAGUAGGACUAAUAAAAUCGCAAAUAAGCUAUGUAGCUACAGA